AUGCUGACGAUGAGGGGAGAUAGGAUUUACGCUCGAGAAGGCUUCUCUUCCAUUCGUCUGGGCGAACUUGCUGCUUGCGCGGAUCUGCGGACCCUUCCAGUAGAAGAUAUAAAUCGGGAUGGUGACGAGGAAGGCCAGACAUCCCAAGAUGGUACUCGCCCACUGCAGGUGGAACUUCUUGCCGAUGUUGCUGUACAUGAACGUCGCGUACAUGGCCGAAAUGCCCGCCAGGAGAUCACGCGCGAAACCGUUGCCGCCCGUUGCCGAUGCCGAAUAGACGCCUUGGCAAUGGCGAUCAGACAGGCGAAGAUCAGCGGCGCAAUCCAAGGCGUGUAUUCAGGCCCCAUGGACGUCCACGCGAAGCCGAAGAGACCAAUCGUCUCGAGCGGCGCGAGGAAGAGCAGCAGCAGCAGCAGACGCCGUUCCGGAAGACGCAGCAUUGCCCUGCUUCUUCCGGAUGUGCCUCUGGCGGGCGAGACCCGGGAGGAAGAUUGCAUACGCCAGCAAAUAACCGAUGACGAUGGCAAUGAAAGUCAACCCGGUGGCGACGGUGCUGAAGUUCCACUGCGCAAAAACAGGGUUGAAAGACUCAAUACAGGUAAAAAUCAGAGCAUCAAAGAAUCCAGACAGAAGAGACAAGAACAGCACGAUUGGGUCACGGAUGAACAUCUCAAAGGGUCGCCGCCAGAUGCGCAAGAACUCUUUCGCAUCUAG